AUGCAUGCGCGGCCGAGCCCACAAGGUUGGAGCCAGUGGCCCGUGACGGUCUCAGCGCAAGCCGCGGCACCUUCGCCACAAGUUCAGGCGGUUCAGGGGUCACGGAGUCAGGGCGCAGCACCGCCCUUCCCCUGCUUACCGACCAGCCUGAGCAGGCAGCAUUUGCCAGAUCGGGAGCCAGGCUCUUUCACCCCUCCUGCAGGCGUGGCCGGCUUCGGCCCUCCCGCAAGCCGUGUCCCCAGCCGGCAAGGGACGCCACCCUCAACAGCCCGUGCGACAUCUCCCGAGAAUCCAACUGCCGUCAUUGUGGCAUCCAACCAGGGGGCAUCCUUCCCACGAUCGCCGGGCAAAACGCGGACGGGGCAAUCGGGGCCUGGGUUGCCCAGUGGCAGCACAAAGACGACUCCGAAGCCUGCAAAUCGUCAGGUCCUCUCCUUCGUGCCCGGGCAGCGCCCAGGCCCGAACACUGCUGGAGGCGCCCCACAGCGACAGGCACAGCACGGCGCGCCCUCCUCGGGCGGCUCGGGCAUCUACCUUCCAGGCGACGGCGAGCUCCGGGCCGCCCCCGCCCAGGCCCAGGCCCAGACGAAGGCGCAGAGUCUGCGGGGCGCCUCUGUGGGCCGAGCUGCCGCUUCUGCCACUUUGGAAGCUCGAGCCUCGCCCCGGGCCACCAAUGAGUUCCGGUACUCGCACAGCCUGAUCGACGCAACUGGUCGGUCAGAUGAGGCCUCGCGCCACUCAGACGACACCAUACCGGAGGCAGCCUGGCCGGAGCGUCGGCUCCAUGCCGCGGAGGAGCACCCGGAAGACGAGCGUGCACGGCUCCAGCGCGAGCUGCGCACGCGAGAGGCGCGGUGCGUGGAGCUGCAGGAAAGGCUCGAGGGCCGCGAGCGCAACGUGACCGCCCGCGAGUCCGACCUGGUCGCUCGCGAGAAGCGCGUCGCCGACAGGGAGGCCGACUUGGCGAAGAUGUUCGAUCGGCUCACCGAGCGGGAGGAGCAGCAGCGGAAGGAAAGCCAAAGCCGCCUGGCAGAGCUCAGCUCCAAGGAGGAGGGCCUGAAACUGCAGCUUCAGGACGCUCGGAACCGCAACGCCGACCUGCACUGCCGACAAGCAGACCUGGACCAACGCGAGGCCAAGCUGCGAGCCGAGGAGGAGCGCUGUCGGGAUCUAAAGCGUGGUCUUGACGAACGGGAUGCUCGCUGGCACGAGGCUGCGAAGGAUGCCUCGCUGGUCCUGAAACCGCACCUCAAGCCGCGCAUGUCACCCCGCGGCAAAGAGAAUGUCGAGCUGCAGCGGCAACUGGAGGAGCAGCGCGGGCUCAUGCACAAAAUCAAGCGUAAGCAGGACAGCUGGGCUGAAGGGGAAGAAGGUGGCCGUGGCCACCGCGACAGCUUCGGCAGCGAGGAGACGGUCACCGGACCCGGCUACUGA